AUGACAACUGAUUGGCGAGAACAUUCGGGAGUCUCAGAAUCCAACCUUGCACAAGCCAGUGACAGCCCCAGUACCUCACAAACCAAGAAUAGGGUCGCUUGCCAGCGAUGCUUCAAGAGGAAACAGAAGUGCGAUAGGAUAAGUCCAGCCUGCACAUCAUGCGCUACUCUGGGAGUGGAGUGCAUCUCUCGCUCUCAACAAUUCGACUUUGACGUUGAAGAUACUGGUCUUACCCCUGCUAGAGUCAACGGUUAUGUCGAGUCUCUAAGACGUCGCAUCGCUGAACUUGAGCAAAAAGUCAAGGAAGCUGAGAUAUCACAUGUUCAGGCUCGACGCUCUUACCAUUCAGAUGCUACACUUCCCAUCAAUGGAAAAAGACGUCGUUCCACUGAGCGUCAUGUACCGGCCAGCGAUGCUCUAUUAAAUUGCGACGACCAGUCAACUGUCGAGGACACAAUGAGUGCCAUUGGCUUAUUGUCAAACAAGGCUAUGGCUGAAUCCCGUGCUAACACAGGCAACGAGCCCCAUAAACUCUCGAUAAUUGAGUCUAUCUCAGCAGCCCUCGCUGUAGAUGGCCAAAACCCUUUCAAAGCCUCAGCCGUGUCUUCCCACCAUCUUUCUUUGUCUGACGAUCGGUCCAUUCUACUAACACGUGAUUUGACGUUGAGUCAUAUACAACGUUUUAUCGACUGGAGUGUAUGGCUUCCGCACAUUGACGAGAGUCGUUUGAUGGAACAAUAUGACGUAGCCGUUGACUCCUACGAUGGCAGAGAUAAGCCUUCCCUCUAUCUCUUCAACAUCUACCUAGCCGUUUCGAUUGGGAUCAGCAUGUCGCCAGAGACAAGCCGCCUAACAGGUUUGGCAACGAAUCUCCACAGUGCAGCUAUCAAACUAUUGCCGUCCAUUCUGCAUUCCCAAGAGCCAUUUGAUACUUUACAUUGUAUGCUACUUCUGGCUGUAUUCUCUAUGUUCAGUCCCUCCGGAGGUUCUACCUGGCAUCUGAUGGGAUUUAUAUGGACAAACUGCCUAGCUGCUGGUUUGCAUAAAACUUCUAUUCCGCAGAACCGUCUUGGGCCUGAUACUGCCUAUAGAAGUGAUUGGAUCUUCUGGACAGUCUACCUGCUUGAUCGCUCUCUAGCAUCUUCCAUGGGUAGACCUUUUGGCAUUACAGAUGAAGACAUCUCAGUCUCUAUACCUGAACUCCCAAACGAUAAUGAAUCAGACUUAUCUGCAGCAGUGAGAAACAAGCUUGCUCAUAGUCGACACCUUGUAAUUCACGCUCAGCUCAUAUCAGAUAUCUGUGGAAGGCAUGAGCCCAGCUCGGUCUUCUCAUACAGUAAUCUUUGUUUCUGGCGAGAGUUUCCACCGCCAAUAAAUGAGACUGCCUUCCCACGUGGCUAUUCACUUGAGUCUUUGGAUCAGUUGGCUUGUCGGGUAAUGGUUCUAAUAGUUAACCCUCCAUCCAGCACCGUAACCAAUUCUUUGUUCGCUAUCGGAGAUUCUCCAGAUAUCAAGACCGACGCUAUCGAUUCUUGCAAGAGUUUGAUCGAAAGACUCUAUAGCAAGUCAACGAAUAGCACGGUAGCGGUAUCAUUCUUGGAUGCCUACAACAUCUUGGCAGCUGCAGUUUUUUAUGUAUGUCUCGUGCAGCAGGCACCCCACCUGAAUCAGAAAGGGUUGGCGCAGAGAUUUGAAGUCGUCAACAAAGCGUCUGUCCUACUUACGCAGUGCUCGACAAGGUUCGUUGCCAUUGGCGUAUUCCAGCAGUUCCUGUUGUCAUUGUCAACCAAGAUUAUGGAAGGCCCAGCUAGUGUUCAGGAAUAUCUGGAGUUCAUGCCGCCGGAGAUCCCCAGCCACCUUCGGUCUUUGGUUCAAAACUAUGCUUCUUUGAGCCGUAUGGAUUGA